CGCUGGCGACCAUUGUCCGCUCGGAGAGGAGACGGCGGCGAAGGCGACGGCAAGGGCGCCGGUGACGACGUGCAAGGGCCUCGCGCUGCCGCUGGGGAUGUCCUUCGCGGCGGUUCUCGCCCAGAAUCAUAAUGGUCUCUCGACUGUUUGACGAAGUAGUUAAGGCCAUGGAGUUGGUUCUGGAGAAACUAUUAUCAGAGGGUGAAGAAUCCAAUGAAGCUGAAACUAGGCCUAAAUUUAGACUUGUAGUUCCUAAUAGCUCUUGCGGUGGAAUUAUUGGUAAAGGAGGAGCAACAAUCAAGUCAUUCAUUGAAGCUUCAGCGACCCAUAAAGCCUGGGAAGUGAAGCCCUCUUCAAUCCUCUACCUCUCUCGCUGCUGUGUCCAGCCUGCUGCCUGCCUGCUGUGUUGCCUCAAAGAAGGGUCGGGGGCACUUGAUGUGGAGGAUGGCGACAAGGAGAAGUGAGGAUUUCGUGAGGACAGAAACAACGGGAGAGAUAAAACAUACUCCUCUGGUGCAUUGAAUUUAGACUGUUUGAUGUUCUGCUGCUGGUCAAUUUAGUUUCCGUGCUCCGGUUUCAUGACGGGAGUUGUCCGUCAGAGGGUAAGUUGUAGGCGCACGCAAGCGCGCAU